AUGGCAAAGAGGCGUGAGCUUGUCCACGACAUCAAGUUACAGGUUGCCUCAUUGUUGAGGAGCAGCUGCGUCAAUAUCCAGGUGGGUAGCGAGAAGCAAAAACUUACCGUUCACGAGGCAGUUUUUCGAAAGUCUAGCUCGCCUUCACUUCGAAGACUGGUUGAGCCAGGCUUCAGGGAAUCAGAGGAAGGAUGCGUUGACUGGACGCACACAAGUUCCGAGACAGUUGAACGAGUCCUGACGUGGCUUUAUUUCCACGACUACCAAAGCCCCGAGCCAGUGAUCCGAACCUCUGGAGGGGUUGCAGAUGAGGUGGACAGCGGCACACAUGACGCCGGGAUCGGACGGAAUGGAAAUACCUAUGAGACCCCAUUUGAUGAUGGGCAGAACCACCCCGAAGGUGAUCUAGACCUCGAGCCAGAACUUGUGGUGGAAGCCAUACCAGAUGAGACAGUAGCAGUAUUUGGUAGGUUUGAAGCAGAAGACCAGCAAUUGCAGGAUGCGAUUUUCGAAUCAUGUAGUAUUCGCCCAUUAACACCACUCGGGAGGUGUGUCGAGGUUGCGCCCAUUAUGUCUACGUACAAAACUGCAGCUGGGGUAUUUGAGGAGCAAAGCUUUCCUCAUGAAACCUUUUCUUAUCGCGACCCACUACUUGCUCAUGCGGAGGUGUACAGCUUCGCGAAGUAUCAUCUUCUCUUCAAACUGCAGCAAUUGGCACUUCAGCGAAUGAUAAUCACUCUGAGGAAAUUGGACUGCUCCGUUGAGUACGCCGAACAGGAGCUUACAGAGCUCAUUGAGUUUGUCUAUGACAAUAUCUCUGCUGAUCAAGACGGCGAAGAACCGAUGAGGAAGCUACUGUCUCAAUUUGCAGCUAUCAAUUACACCUCUAUUCUCCAUGGCAGCUUCGAGGCUCUUGUUGGUCGCGGCGGUGAUUUCGGACUAGAUCUAGCACGAAAGCUUUCCCGGCGCCUACUCGCUCAUGGAGUGUCAGGUGAAUCUGCUGAAGAUAAAUUCGACGAUCGUAUAUGGAAUGUGGAGCUCCAAGUGCAGCAGCGGGAUAGAGAGAUCGAAUCUUUGAAUGCACAACUAAAAGAUUCGUUCGUAUGGGGCCGCGGUAUCAAUAAGAAAGGAAGGCGGCGCUGA